AUGCCAAAGACCACCAUCAGCUGGAGUCAGCUCUACCGGGAGUUUAAAGCGGAAUCCUCUAUAUUUGCUUUCCGAUUCCUCGCCAACCGACAGCUGACACGUUUUGAACGAAUAUGGUGGGCUAUCUGGAUUUGGAUGGCACUCCUAUCGUGCUGGUUCUCGGCAUUGGCCACGUACCACAAAUGGUGCGAGAAUCCGGUUGUCAUCGUAUAUGCUCCACAACUUUCUCCGGUAUCUACGAUCCCCUUUCCGGCUAUAACGAUAUGUCCCCUCACCAAAACACGCGUCGAAGCAUUCAAUCUAACGGAAGUGUUCGAAAUGGUCAAGAAUAGAUCUGUUCUGGAUGAAUACAGAGAGAGACAGCUGCGGGUUAUGGCACAUGUCUGUCCAUUUUCUCGUUACUGGAAAAAUUUCAGCGUGGAUCCAAAUGAAGCUAUUGUUGAAACAUUGCACAACAUGUCCCUCCCAUUCACCAAAGUCAUGGAUCUGUGCAUGUGGCGAAAUAAGCAAACUCCAUGCAAUCAGUUAUUUACGGAAAAUUUGGUAGAUGAUGGGAUUUGCUACACAUUCAAUAAGUUUUUGCCCAAUGAAACGUAUCGCUUGAACGAAAUGUCUGUGGAUUUCACAAAUUUUACUACCUUGGCGAUUCCGUCCAGAUGGACGCAAGAAGGUGGAUACGAUAAACAGGCUGGAUUAAAUGCCUUCCCAUAUCGUGCACUGUCCAGUGGAAUUAAAGCCGGGCUGCUAUUUAUGCCAGAGAUGCGGAAGAUCGACCAGGAGUUUCUGUGCAGGGGUCCCUAUACCGGCUACAAAUUCGCCGUUCAUACUCCUGGUGAAAUACCACUAACUGGAGAUUUGUUCUUUCGCCUAAAUACACUGAAUUCCGUUACCCUAAUGGUUACUCCACGAGUGAUUAAAACUGGAAAACAUCUCAGAUCACUUCCUCCCAACAGACGCAGAUGCUUCUUCAACGACGAACGUUACUUGCGGUUCUUCAAAACAUACACCUUGUACAAUUGCAUAAUGGAAUGCAUUUCCAAUUACACUUUCAACAGCUGCCGCUGUGUGAAAUUUUCCAUGCCUCGAACAACCGGAAUGAAAGUAUGUGAUGCCAGCCAAAUCGACUGCUAUAACAAAGUCUAUCAGGAUAUGUAUAACCUUAUGCUGUCCAAUCUUAUGGCUGGCAAACCGGAAACCGACUGCAACUGUCUACCCCCUUGUAAUUCCAUACAAUACGACGUAGAGAUGUCACAGAUUCCGUUCAACUUUCACGAAAUGGCAAUGGCGCUUGGAUUGCCAGCCAAAUACGAUUCAGUUGAUCCAGCAGUGAUGAUUGUCGGUUUCAAGGAACGACACUACCUACCGAUGUGGAGACGAGAACUGAUGGGUUUCACAGAUGCUGUGGCAAAGAUUGGAGGAUUCUUUGCACUGCUUGUGGGUGCCAGCAUGUUGAGCUUGGGGGAACUCGUGUACUACAGCUGCAUACGGCCAUUGCGAAGGGAACGAGGUUUUGAACGGGAGAAAUAA